AUGAAAGCUCGGUCUGAAGGUGUUGACGAGGCCUUGCGCUAUGCAUCCUCGGCAAUGCCUAAACGACUCUGUUUGAAUUUCUCGGAGCUGAAGCGAGCGGCCGAGUUCAUGGCCAGCAUUCAAGACGAUGAAGUCAAUGAAAAGGCUUCUGAAGCGGUGCAGGGUCUGGAGGCUGAUCGUCCUUGGGAGCUACAGGUAUGCACCAAGUGUCUGAGGAAGAAACCAGGCUUUGACACUCUUGCGAGCUUGAGGGAUCUUCAGCUGGCACAGGGAGACUCGCAAUUGAUCGUGGAACCUGUGGGCUGCCUGAAGGAAUGCAGGCAUGGGCCGAAUGUGAGGGCAGUGAGCCCCGACAACGAUUACCCCGCAUUGACCGGGAUGUUACCAGAGGAAGUCGAGGCUCGAUGCUUUCGGCACGUGAACGAGACCGCCGCGGCGCGGCGAGUUUUCAAUUCUGUCCGCCAGGCGGUGAUGCUGAAAUCAGGCGGCUCGUCCAGACCGGCUCGCGACGAAGGAGCGCAGCCCAAGCUGGAUGCGACCGUGAGCCCCAUGGACAGCUCCACCAAGGAGAGGCAGAGAAGAGGCCGAGUCCGAAAAUCGCUGGAGAAUCGAAUGACCAACAUCCUGGAGGGCUUACCAGUUCGAUUUUCUGGGGAAGACUUGCUGUGA